AUGAAAAUAUUCAGCAUGAAUAUAUUCUGCUUAUUCUUAAUAAUCUUUCGAAUAGUCUCAAUAUUAUCUGUGAACUAUAGAAAAGAAAAUUACCAGACACAUGAACAUCAUAGUAACAAUCACAAAGAUGCUCAUUCACAUCAUAACCAUCAUGUGCCUCACCAUCAUGAACAUUAUCGAGGAAAUGAUCGAAGACAUGAAAUCCAACCAAGACAUCAUCAUAAUUAUCAUCAUCAUUAUCCACAAGCAGAGCGAAAUCACUUGAAAAAACCAGAACAUCAAGAAAGUCAAGAACACAAACCGAUGACUGAAGAAUACCACCAUGUUUUAAAACCUCAAUCUCAUCAACAAGAAGAAAAUCGACCAAAGAAUGUAGAUUAUGUAUCAAAACAUAAAGAAAAUCACCGUCAUCCAUCAUCGAAAUCAACUCCAUCUCAAUUAAUUAGUUCAACGAGCCAAACUGAGAAUGAAAAUAACCAUUAUCCUCCGAUUCAAUCAAAGGAAAAAACUAGUUAUUCUACUAAGAAAAAUCUAUCAGAUAAGCAAACUGAUGAGAAAAUUAACACAAAACAGAUUGAAGGUAAAUCAAAUGAACCUGAGAAUUCAUUAUCUGACAAAGAUUACCAUCAUCAUUAUCAGCAUUAUUAUCAACAUCGUUAUCAUCAUCCGAAUCAUGAAAUUAGUAGUACGAAAACAUCAGCUGAAAAUAAAUCAACCGAGCAACAUAUCUAUAAAUCCAAUAAAAAAUCACUUUCACAAAAAAACAAUAUACAAUCCACAUAUCAAACAAAGUCAACUGCUGAAUUGAAGGUUGAAAGUAUAACAGCAAAAGAACGUUCUCUGAAUGUUAAAAAAGAAAAUUACGAUGAAAGUCCAACUCAAAAGAAACAACCUAUUAGAUCAACUGACUAUUCAUAUAAAAAAGAUGAAACUCAAUCAUCAAUAUCAACUUUGGAGACAAAACCAUCUAGUAGACAAGAAGAAAUUAGGGACCAUGAACAUUCAACUCAAAAAUCAUACAACUCAUAUAAAUAUAAAUCACAUGAACCUAUUGGAUAUAAAGAAUCUACUGAUUUAAAUAAACAAGAAUCAGAAACAAAAUUAAAGAAUAUUCAAUAA